CACAUGCAUAUCUCUUUCCCAUUAUGUAACACAUGUUCCAAAUUUCGUCCAUUCAAGAACCGGCCAUGAUGAUUUCUCUUUCUGCACCUGCACAUAACUCUGCCUUCACUGUAGCGGUUGGCAGAAGUGUUGGUCGAACCCCACUUCACAAUAAUGUUAAUUUGACAACAAAACUAUUAAGUUUUAACUGCAAUCUCAGCUCUCCCCUCCACUUAAUCCCCACAUUUUCAGCAAAUUCUGCUUCCCACAGGUCCUUUGCUAUCUCCAGCUCCACAGGAACAGAGACUCCAGUGGUGAGUGAGGACACCAUCAAUGUGUUAGAUGAUGUUCAAGUAUUUGAUCUGAAAGGACAAGGAGUACCUAUUUCGGAUCUGUGGAAAGAUAGGAAAGCAGUCGUUGCCUUUGCUCGUCAUUUUGGAUGCGUCCUUUGUCGCAUAAGAGCUGAUUAUCUUGCAGCUGAGAAGGAUAAGAUGGAUGCAGCGGGAGUUGCACUUGUUUUAAUUGGACCUGGUAGUGUUGAUCAGGCCAGAACAUUCUAUGAGCAAACAAAGUUUAAAGGAGAGGUUUAUGCUGAUCCGAGCUAUAGGUCUUAUGAGGCUUUAAAAUUUGUGUCAGGCGUUACGACCACAUUCACUCCCGGGGCAGGUCUGAAAAUAAUACAAGCAUACAUGGAUGGCUAUAGACAGGAUUGGGAGCUUUCUUUUGAAAAGGACACCAGGACACGAGGUGGCUGGCGACAAGGAGGAAUUAUUGUUGCAGGUCCUGGUAAAAACAACAUCACAUACAUACACAAGGACAAAGAAGCAGGGGAUGAUCCAGAUAUAAAAGAUAUCUUGAAUGCUUGCUGUGUACAACCUAGUUAAUCAAGCCAGUCUGCACUUGCCGAUGCAUAUAUGUUUACAUACAGAUACACACACAUUACCUAAUAUCGUUGUAUACGUGUAUUGUGAUUAACAGGAAGUCCGGUAGGUGGUUCUUGAAGGGUUUAAGUGAUUCUAUCAUGUAAUAGGUGUUAUAACAUAAUCUUUAACAUCUUCUACUUGUAUAAAAAAAUCAUGAGUCGCAUUUUGUUCAACUUCCGUUUAAUGGAACCGGUAUGAAUGUAUA